UAAACUUCAAAAUUCUGAAUCCGCAUCUACGUAAACCCCCACCCUCCCUUAUACUCUACUUGUGGUCCUUUUGUCUACACUAUACUACAAACAUUCCCCUCUUUCCCUUUAUUUUUUUUCCCUCUUUUUCUUCCUUUAACCCCCCAAAAAAACACCAACUUGUCACUCCAAACUUCCCACUCUCAAACCCCACACAAACCAAAAAAGCAAAAGAACAAAAACACCAUAUAAUUUCUUGAUCUUUUUACCUUCAUAUCAAUGGCAAAACCACCAUUUCAUUUGGUGGUUCUUGUAAUGUGUUUUUCACUUUUCACUCAAAUAGUUAGAGUAAAAGCAACAUGGUGUGUAACAAGAAGUGAUGCAAGUGAACAAUCAUUACAAAAUGCAUUAGAUUAUGCAUGUUUUUCUGGUGCAGAUUGUGCACCAUUAUUGGAAAAUGGACUUUGUUAUCUUCCAAAUACUAUUCAAGCUCAUGCUUCUUAUGCUUUUAAUAGUUUUUAUCAAAGGAUGAAUAGAGCACCUGGUUCUUGUGACUUUGCUGGCACUGCUAACAUUGCCAAAACUGAUCCAAGUUAUGGAUCUUGUGUUUAUCCAGCAUCUCCAAGCACUUCUGGUGGCUCUACUACUACUACUACUCCAAGCCCCCGUGGUGGUGGCUCAACCGGAGGCUCUACACCAGCCACAACACCGGUUCUUUUUCCACCACCACCGGGGCUUGUAAAUGGCUAUGGAGGAACAACACCGCGCGUUGGACCUGAUAUUCCUGACUCGGAGACUUCUAAUGCUUCUCCCAAGUUGUCAAAUUUGGUUCCUGCUGCAUUACUUAUGCUCCUUUUCCUUCAUAUUUUUCAAUUCUUGUAGCCAUUCCUGAUUAGCCGGGGGUCUAUCGGAAACAGUCUCUGUAUUUCACCUCUAAGAUAAUGAUAUGGAUUGCGUACACUUACCCUCCUCAGACCCCACUUGUUGUCGUUGUAGCCAUUCUUGGUUAGAAUAUAGCCAUACAUUUGCUAGUGUUUUAAGGCUAGGACAGUACAAUUUUGGUUAGAAAAAUAGAAGUUUUCAUUUUGCUAUUAUGAAAACUCCAGCCUAUUAUGAGGCGUAACACAUGAUAUGUGAGUUAGAUACACGUCAUGAAUUUGAAUCAAUGUGGUAGAGGUGGGCCCAUUAUCUAAAGAAUGUGCGUCACUGGCCCUCGGAGAUUUUCCGGUUAUAAAGAAACAUGGAAAACGUUUCGAAUUUUA